CAGGAGCAGGGCAGUGUUUUGUUUUGUUGUACAUAGGGUCGCUCUGAGUCAGAAGCGACUCGAUGGCACCUAACAACAGUAAAAUACUGGUAUUUUAUUAUAGUUUUAACUUAGUUUCUCUGAUAACUAAUGACGUUAAACACCUUUUCAUUUAUUUAAUUGGCUUUCCAUAUGUCUACUUUGGUGAAGUGUCUAUUCAAAUGUUUUGCUCAUUUUUAAUUGGAUUUUUGAUCUUAUUACUGAGCUGUAACAGAUCUUUAUAUAUUCUGGAUGAAAUUCUUUUUUGAUUAUAUGGUGAAUGUUUUCUAUUAUUUUCGGUUUUUUAUUUGCUUAAAAGUGUCUUUCAAACAGUGGAAGGUUUUAAUUUUGAUGAAUAGCAGUUUGUCAAGUUUUUCUUUCAUGGUACCUGCUUUUUAAAUCUUGAGACAUUUUUGCCAUACAUGGCAGCAUGGCAGUGAAAUUUUGUAUCCUGUUUUUAUUUUUAGACAUUUAAUUUUCCAUAUAGGUUUAAAAUUCAUUUUGAGUUUUUGUGAAUGGUAUGAGGUAAUGUUAAGGUUCAUCUAUUUGCUCCAGCACCAUUUUGUUGGUAAGACUUUCGUUUAUUCAUUGAAUUACCUUGGCAUCUUUGUUGAAGAUCAAAUGACCAUAAGUGUUGUGAUUUAUUUCUGGAUUCUCUAUUUUUUUCCCUUGAUUUAUAUGUUUCUCUUACAAAAGAGCACUCUAUGUUUCUGUAGUUUUAUAGUAAGUCAUGGAAUAAGGUAGCAUAAAUACUACAUCCUUUGUUUUCAACAUUGUUUUGUCUAUUCUGUGAACUUUGAAUCAGCUUGUCAAUUUUAACAAGAAAGCCUGCUGCAAUUUUGUUUUGAAUAAAUUUGGGGAGAAUAACUAUCACAACAGUAUUGAGUGUUUGAAUCCAUGAACAUGACAUACCUCUCCAUUUAUUUACAUCUACGUUAAUUUUUCAGCAGUGUUUUGUAGUAGUUAAAAUGUUAGUCUUACACAUAUAUUGUUAAAUUUGUUUUUAAGCAUUUCAUGCUUUUGAUGCUGUUGUAAAUGGAGUUGUUACUAGCGUAUAGAAACACAACUGAAUUUUUUUGUAUUGAUAUUGUAUCCAACGUCCCUGCAAAACUCACUUGUUAGCCCUAGUCACCUUAUUUUAGAUUCUUUAAUAUUUGAUAUGUAUGUUGUCAUUUCAUGUGCAAGUAAAGGCUGUUUUACUUCUUUAGAACUUUCUAAUCUGCACACCUUUUCUUUUUCUUGCGUUAUUGCACUAUUUAGGACCUUGUAAAAAUGGCAUGGGGGCAGUGUCUGACUUCCUCCAGCCCCACAAGCUGGAGGGAGAACCAAGAUCAGCAGUUCAAAGGCUGAAUCCUGUGAGGUGGGGGUCAGACAGUGCCUCCUCGCUCCACCAUCUUUACUAAUUCUGACACCAGCCGUCCCUCCCACACCACUCUUUACUUCUCUGCUGGGUUGGAUAAUUCAUUGCAGUGGCCACACGCAACUUAGAAACAAUACUCAUGAUAAUGGAGUUUAUAAGGGAAAUAACAGUUGCGAUUCGGGCUCAGGAACACUGAGGAUACAGUUCAUUUCUUCCAUCAGGACAGCCUCUUCCCAACUGGGCUCACAGGCACGCGUCUCUCCGAAGGCACUCUGCUUUCUCUCUCUGUGGGCUGGGAAGCACACUGCACUGUCUCCUGCUAGGUCUCUGCUGCUGGGUCUUUCCUGCUGGUCUCUUCCUUGGUGGUGGUGGCCUCCUCCUUUCUGCUCUGGAAUUGGCUCUUUUUUUAAGACAAAACUGACUAAUCCACUUAGUAGAUCACAGUUAUCCUAUCACGCAGUCACCUGGGUGGGAGUUACAAGACCAUAGCUAGAAAGGCCGCACAAAAGUAAUCAGUAAUCAGUCGCACUGCAGGCCACCACCCCCCCCAUCCCUUGGCGUUUCUAGCCAUGGUUGUUUCAUAUUUGGAGCUUUAUUUUCUGCUCUCGAUCAUUUUACCAGUCCAAAACAGUUUUCAGCAAUUAGUCCUUCAAUAGGGCAAAGUGUCCGUGGGGUAAGGUUGCUCAUAAACCAGCCAUUCAGUGUUGCUGCAGGUGUCCAUCUGAUUUGGUCAGGCUCUUCAGCAGUUCAUCUCAUCUUCACUUUUUGUGGCUUUUGAUUUAAAAUUUAACUGAGAGGAUUAUUCCCUUGUUCUGAGCCUCACAUGGCUACUGUACUCUUUUCCACCACUGUACUCCAUUCCAUUAGUUCAGUCUUUCACACUUACAGCUUCUACAAUUACAGUUUUUACAGUCACAAUUAAUGCUUUUUAUCAGCACUUACAGCUGAAUCAUGUAAUCCUGUCAGCAUCUUCCCCCACCAUCUUUUCCCCAGACUCAUCAGGAAAAGAGGGAUCUGUUCAGUGGGGAUUCUCCCUUGUCCUCAUUUAAUGUAAGCACACUCGUGAAAGCAUGUAAGCCAGCUACUUCAUCAUGCCUUUAUCUCCUCCCGUUUAGAUAGCCAGUGUUUAAAUUGUCCAUUCCUCUCAAACCAGUACUCUGAGGAGACAAGCACGUUUCUUGGUCUUGACGAAUCUUCAGUUCCAGUUGAAACUUCGAACAUCUACAUCUAUAAGCAAAGUCCAGUGUAGAGCAAGCCUUCAAAUUGCAGCAAUCUGUACCAGUUCACGGUGUCAAUCAUCAGUCUCUUCAUUUGGUUGGAUUCUGUUCCUAGUUUACUGAGAGUUUUUUUUUAAGUCAUGAACGGGUGUUUUAUUACGAACAGGUAUUUUUUUCUACAUCUGUUGAAAUAAGUGUGUUUUUUUAAGUAUGUUAAUGUUUUUAAUUACUUUUGUUUUGUUUUUUGAAUACUAAACCAAGCUUGCAUUCUGGGGAUAAAUCCUACUUACACUGGUAUUUCCUUUUAUAUAUUGCUGAAUUUGAUCUGCUAAUAUUUUGUUAAGAAUUUUUUGCAUCUAUACACAUGAGGGCUUGUAGUCUGUCUUGUUUGGUAUCAGGAUUAUGCUGGCUUCCUUAAAUGAAUUAAGAAGUUUUCUUUCUUCCUCCAUUUCCUAAAAGAGUUUUUGGGAGACUGGUAUUAUAUUUUCUUUAGAUGUUUGGAAGAAUUCACCAGUGAAGCCAUCAGUAAUAAUUUUGUCUGCUGUAAUUGAUGGUGGUGGUAAAGGUAUCCCAGUGGUGGUCUCACAGAUGGUUUCAUAGAACUGAACAUUUGAUCCAGGAAUUGCAAUUUGUGAGAGGAACAAAGAAGAAUUUUCUGCAAGGAUCAUAUUUAAGUGCACUUUUUGCUGAUAUUUCAUUUCUAAUCUUAUAGAACAUUUCAGCUGUAGCCUUUGGAGUAGAAGCCGAAAUAGUUGAAACUGUGUACGAUGCAUUAGGGUAUUGAAGACAAUAUUUGAAUUAAAUAUUUGGAAUAUAAGGAAGGGAAGGUGACUGAAAAUGGGGCGGAAGAAAAUACAAAUCACACGCAUCAUGGAUGAAAGGAACCGACAGGUUACUUUUACAAAGAGAAAGUUUGGAUUAAUGAAGAAAGCCUAUGAACUUAGUGUGCUCUGUGACUGUGAAAUAGCACUCAUCAUUUUCAACAGCUCUAACAAACUGUUUCAGUAUGCCAGCACUGAUAUGGACAAAGUUCUUCUCAAGUAUACAGAAUAUAAUGAACCUCAUGAAAGCAGAACCAACUCGGAUAUUGUUGAGACUUUAAGAAAGAAAGGCCUUAAUGGUUGUGAGAGCCCUGAUGCUGACGAUUACUUUGAGCACAGUCCACUCUCGGAGGACAGAUUCAGCAAACUAAAUGAAGAUAGUGAUUUUAUUUUCAAACGAGGCCCUCCUGGUUUGCCACCUCAGAACUUCUCAAUGUCUGUCACAGUCCCUGUGACUAGCCCUAAUGCUUUGUCCUACACAAACCCAGGGAGUUCACUUGUGUCCCCAUCUUUGACAUCCAGCUCAACGUUAGCAGAUUCAAGCAUGCUCUCUCCACCUCAAGCUACAUUACAUAGAAAUGUAUCCCCUGGAGCCCCUCAGAGACCACCAAGUACUGGCAAUGCAGGUGGGAUGUUGAAUACUUCUGACCUCACAGUGCCAAAUGGAGCUGGAAGCAGCCCAGUGGGUAAUGGCUUCGUAAACUCAAGAGCUUCUCCAAAUUUGAUCGGAACUACUGGUGCAAAUAGUUUAGGCAAAGUCAUGCCUACAAAGUCUCCCCCUCCUCCUGGUGGUGGCAAUCUUGGAAUGAACAGUCGAAAACCAGAUCUUCGAGUUGUCAUCCCCCCUUCAAGCAAGGGCAUGAUGCCUCCAUUGAAUACACAGAGGAUAAGCAGUUCUCAAGCCACUCAACCUCUUGCUACUCCAGUGGUGUCUGUGACAACCCCAAGCUUGCCUCCACAGGGACUUGUGUACUCAGCAAUGCCUACUGCCUACAACACUGAUUAUUCACUGACUAGUGCGGACCUGUCGGCCCUGCAGGGUUUCAGCUCCCCAGGAAUGCUGUCUUUGGGACAGGUGUCGGCCUGGCAGCAGCACCAUUUAGGACAAGCAGCCCUCAGCUCUCUUGUUGCUGGAGGGCAGUUAUCUCAGGGUUCAAAUUUAUCCAUUAAUACCAACCAAAACAUCAACAUUAAGUCAGAACCAAUUUCACCUCCCCGGGAUCGAAUGACCCCAUCAGGCUUCCAGCAGCAGCAGCAGCAGCAGCAGCAGCAGCCGCCGCCACAGCCGCCCCUGCAGCCCCAGCCCCAGCCCCGGCAGGAAAUGGGGCGUUCCCCUGUGGACAGCCUGAGCAGCUCUAGUAGCUCCUACGAUGGCAGUGACCGGGAGGAUCCGCGGGGCGACUUCCAUUCUCCAGUUGUGCUGGGCCGACCCCCAAACACUGAGGACAGAGAAAGCCCUUCUGUGAAGCGGAUGCGGAUGGACGCGUGGGUUACUUAAGGCUUCCAGGGCUGGCGUUCGUGUUGCUGCAGUGAACUGCCCUACAUAUCUAAAUCGCUCAAUAAGGACAUGAGUUAAGUAUAUUUAUAUGUACAUACAUACAUAUAUAUCCCUUUACAUAUAUAUGUAUGUGGGUGUGAGUGUGUGUGUAUGUGUGGGUGUGUAUUGCAGACACAGAACCAGGCACUUACCUGCAAACUCCCUGUAGAUCUGCAGAUGUACGUCCCAUGGCAAACAGCACCCUGUAGGUGGAGGUCUAGUCUGGCACUUCCUUGGACUACUUGUUUCGUAAGAUAACCAGUUUUUGCAAAGAAAUGUGUACCCAUAUGUAGUUGUCCCACACUAGCUUGCAGAAACCUAGAGGGCCCCUACUUGUUUUAUUUAACUGUGCAGUGACUGUAGUACUUAAAAAUGCUUUGUAGAACAGAGCAGUAGAAAAGCAGGAACCAAGAAAGCAAUACUGUACAUAAAAUGUCAUUUAUAUUAAUUACCCAACCUGGCAUGGGUCUCUAUUGCAAAGAGGUGCAUGGGAAAGGGCUGUUGAUAUUUAAAAAAACAAAAAAAAGUCCCACACAUAACUGUUUUGCACGUGCAAAAAUGUAUUGGGUCAAAGAAGUGAUCUUUAGCUAAUAAAACGGAGAGAGAAUAGAAAACACGCAUGAGAUAUUCAGAAAAUACUAGCCUAGAAAUAUAGAGCAUUAACAAAAUAAAACUAAUAUAUUAAGUUAUAAUUGGAAUACAUCAGAAGUUUCUUUUUACAUUCAUAUCUUAAAAAUUAAACUGAUUUUAGCUCAUGUAUAUUUUAUAUGAAAGAAGACACCCUUAUGAAUUGAUGAUUAUAUAUAAAAUUAUAUUCACUACGUUUGAACACAUUCUGCUAUGAAUUAUUUAUAUAAGCCAAAGCUGUAUGUUGUACUUUUUUUUUUCUCUUUUUUUCUUUUUUUUAAGGAAGAAUAGCUUUAUCUUGUUGUUUUAACUUUUUAGUUUUAUUUGAGGAGGGGGAAAAGAAUUAAAAUAUCUCGCAAGCAGAACCUUGGAAAAAAAAAGCCAUGAACACUUGUUAUUCUAUAUGUAAAUUAAAAGUUGAGCCAAACUCUUUGUGUAUAUAGCAUCUUAAAUAUAUUAUCACCUUUGAUGUAAGUACCUAUGUAUUGUAUGGUCACCAGAUUAAAAAGUAUAUUUUUGUGGAUUGCCACCAAUUUGGGGGGAAAAGUCGAGGUCCUUAUUAAGUAGAGUACUCACUGUUUAAUAUUUACUAUUUUGUUAAAUAUACUGUACUUUGGAUUUUAAUUAUUAGCCCAGUUUUUUCAGAGGAUUGUAUAAAGGGGUUUCUCCCCUCACUGGUGGUGAAUGUGUGAUGUUACAUUGUAAUCUUUGUGCUGUAUGGGUUGAGCAUCAUUAUAUAUUUUAUAUAUAUGUACAUAAAUAGCAAAGUGGCAAAAAAAAUGGUGUUUAAAUUCAUCCUGCAUAAAUAUAAAAUGUGUUGUAACAGAUUUUAUAAGGCAUUAUUUAAAAAUUUGCCUUUCGUGAGGAAAAACUAUAGUAGAAAAAGCUGACCUAAUUUAACUAAUAUUAGAGGAAAUGACAAAAUAUUAGAUGAGCACAAAGGUUUUAUAAGUGGUAAAUGAUUAGGAAAAGCAUUAAUGGGGGAAGGGUUUCUUUUUUCCCUUGACCCUCUGAAAACAGAACAGUGCCGCUGGUUACAGUAUGCCGGCACCGCUGAUGAUUCUGUGCAUUGAAAUGACACUUCUGGUGUGGGCGGAGAAAUUCUCUCACGAUGCAGAUCCUUGUCAUGGUUCUUGCCAACCUGACUGAAAUUAGUGGAGCCGUAUUGUUAUAGGAAGGCAAUGAAUUGGUAACAGCUAGUUCCUCAGUUAACUGGGCUUGUGCCAUGAACAAAAAUUCAGAGUCCUGUAUAUCUUUUAUCAUAGCUUUUAAAUACUCCUUUUCCUGAGAAACUCAAAAUAAGAGUUUAAAAAUCGCUAUUUUAUAUUUUAAACUGAAUAUUGAGCAGCUACCUAUAAUUUUUACUUAUAUUUUGCUUUUCCCCCUAAAUUAUGUUCCUUUUGACAUUUUCCUCAUAUGCUACUUGCUACAAACCAUCAGCCAUAUUUCCUGACUGACACAUAGGUAUUAGGUACAGGGUAUACCUGCAGCAGUCACAGGAUACAAAAUGGAGAUUUUAUUUUCAUGGCAAUUUGGGUAGUAAAUUUUGAUAGAAGCCAAAAAGGGGAGGGUAAUAUACUCUCUGUCUUCUCUUUGUUAUAGACAUUUGGCUCUUAUUCAGAAAGGAUUCAUUUUCCUUUAAAAUGUAUGUAUUUUACUGAACUACUUACAGGCACAUUUUGUCAUAAGGUCACGCCUAAUUGAAACCAGACAGUCUCCCAACACUGAAUUUCCAAGAUAAUCCUUACCACUUUGUAAACCAUUUAUAGCUUUGAAAGUGUUAAGUGAUUCUUUCGUUUAUGCAUGUUCAUGAACUUCUGCUGUACAUUGGAAUAGGAGUUAACACAUUCACAUUUACUGUCUAUUUUCUUGUGUGCCUUAUGAGAUGGCUUUUCUGACUAUAUCUCAAUAGUCUUUCUUUCUAUGCAGGUUUAUAAUCAGUACAACUACUGUUUUCUAAAAUAAUAUUACACAAGGCUCGGAGUUUGUAUUUAAAUUACACUGACCAAGUAACCAUUUAUUCCGUUUUCAGGAACUGAUUAUUUGACUGUUAACCUUUUCCCCAUAUGCCCAAUGUGAUUUGGAGCAUGUGGACUUGACAGAGACAUCCUUCACCAAACACCCAUGUACGAACACAUACACGUCUCUUGGUGGAAACCAAUUUAGAGUGGCGAACACACUAAUGGUGUUACUUUAGAACCUACUUUUCUUACCCUUUUAGAUUCAUAUGUUUUGUAUAAGACACCAUUACAAGAAAAUUUUAUCCCUUCAGAUGAAAUAUUUUAUUACUAAAAAACAAAAACAAAAAAAGUUUAGAAUAAAUUGCACUGGUUCAAGUACAGUUUCCAGCAGCUGUACUUCUUCAGCACUCUAACUGGUGUUAACAUUCAAAGUGAGAGCAUCAUUGUAUGUAGACAAAUGGUCCCAACCAAAACUGCAUCUUUUGAGCCCUAAUUAUGUCCAUUGUGUUACAUGCUAAAUCAGGGGUUUGUUCAGAAAGAACAAUAUAUGUUUUACCAUUUCCUUUAACUAUAAGGACAACUAAUAAUGCAUUAACAUAGUUUCUGUAUUAACCAUCAUGCGCACAAGAAAUACAUAGUAAAUAAGGAACCUGAAAACUCCUGGCAUCGGGUCAUGAGAAGCUAGAUGAUUAGAAUGUGAAAAAUAUUUUACAAAUGUAAAACUUUUAUUUCUCUGUAGAACCUUUCUUCACUUUGCUGUGCAAGAAGACACUGCUUUGCUAUAUUUAAAAUGGCUUUUUUAAAAGAGAUUUAUGUAUUUGGUAAAUGUUUGUAGUCAACAGUUCACACAAGAAGCUGUACACGGUUUGAUCAAGUAAAACCGUUUGGCGGCACAAGCUGGACUUUGUUGCCAUCCUUGAGAUGAACCUUUUAAGAAAAAUAAGUUAAUCUCAAUUUUUCCCUGAAUGUGUUGUUUUUUCUUCAUUAUACAAUAAAUAUUAUAGUGAACUUUUUAUCAAAUGGUUAAGAAAAUGCUAGAGGUUGUUGUAAACUAUUUGUAUCCUGCACUCACUACAGUAAAGACGGACUGGCUUUUACUGUG